AUGAAUAUGAUGUGCUGUCUUAUGUGUUAUGAGAAUAAUGAUUCUCAUAAUCAUCUGUUCUUUGAAUGUAAUUACUCCACUCAAGUUUGGAUCAAGGUGUGUGGAAAGGGGGGUAUGAAUACUGUCUCGCCAGAAUGGGAAGCUAUUGUAAGCUGGUUAGCGGCUCGUGCUUCUUCAAAAUCAGCAAUUAACUUCAUCAGUCGGCUCAUAGUUGCAGCUUCGAUUUACUUUGUCUGGCAGGAACGAAACGCCAGAAUAUUCAAGAACCAGACGAGACCCCCAGACGUCCUGAGUGACUUAAUCGUGCAGACAAUUCGAUAUAAGCUAAUGGGAGUUAAGUUUAAGGAGAGCUCUAAUGUUCGAAGAUUGCUGGAAUCUUGGGGGAUAUAUUCAACACGGAUGGAAGAUGAUGGAGGCUGA